AUGGCUCCACAGCCUCCUCCGCCCAAGCCAAUCACCGUCCAGACCCAUGGAAUCUCGCCGCUGGCCUACAAGCUGUCGCAACAAUUACCGACGCCGCCUUUCGACAAGCUCGAGCCGUCGCCCGAGUCAUUACGUCGGCAGCCGACUCGACGAGCAAAGCGCAAGUCAAAAUUUACCAAGGAACAAGACCAGAUGAUCAUCGACCUAAAAAAGGCGGGAAAAUCAUGGGUUGAGAUUGCCGAGCUGGCAAAUGUGGGCACUUUUCUGGCCGCACGCAACAGAUAUCAGGUCCUGAUUGGACAGCAGGGCGGCGGCAGUAACGACUGCGGGCCUGAGGACGUGAUGGAGUUGCGAAACGUGGUCGACCAAGGCGAGCUGGAAAAAAUCCGGUAUCUGGUGCGCGAGUUUGAAAAAAGUACUGGGAAGGCUGUCGACCAGAAACAGCUCCGCGAGCUGUUGCGAUACUUGUUCUGGAAAAACCCCGGCUUUUUCGAUGUGGACGAGGCGUAUCUAGAGGAGCUGGUUCGGCUACAAUCGAGAAACACUUAA